AUGGCCUCCAUGCAGGACGGGCUGAACUUCACGGCUCCUCCCUACGGCAAGGUCCUGCUGCUGGGUGCUAUCGCUGCUGCCUCAGCCUUUGUUGUUACCAUCCUCAUCGUGGUGCUCUGCGUGGGCUGCCAGAGGAAGGGGAAGACACACAAUGUCCCCGGCGAAGGUGGAAAACACCGUCUCAUGGACAUGGGUAUACUCAGACAGUCCAAGCUGCGCUCCAUCAGUAAAUCAAAAACGAGCCGCCCAGCCAGCAUGGACUUCCUGCUGCUGCUGCCCGGCCGCUGGUCUAACUCUGACCUUCGUUCUCAAGGCAGGCAGCUUCCCCAGAUCCCUUCUGGGACUGGAGAAGACGGAGAGCACACUUACUCUGAGGUGGGCCGUCCCUCUUCGGCCACACGUACUGACGAUGCCCUCUACGCCAUGGUAGGCAGGGCCGGACAGACGGACACUCCGGCCCCUCCGGCCGUUCCCGCCAACACCCCAGCGCCCCCGGACCCGGACGGCGACGUGGAAGGAGGGCUGGCUGAGAACGAGUCCCAGGUCAUGACUCCGCCUCACCCUCCGGAGGCGGCCGAGUACGCCUGCGUCAGGAAGCUGAGGAAGGCCGACAAGGCGCCCCAGAAGAGGGACAGUGGGACAGACAUGGCCGAGCCGCCGGUGCCGCCUCCGCGACACGCCCCUCCGUCACAUCCCGCCCCUCCUCCGCCACACCCCCACAGCACAAAGCUGCCCCGCAGAAACGUGGAGGCCUUCAGCGUCCCAUCAUUCCCAAAGGAAGUGAUGUUUAUGGGAAACGGCGAGCAGUACAUCUGGAAGCCUCCCGAGGACGAGGAGCUGCUCCUGCUGCAGAAUAAAGCCCUGGGCCAGUUGGGGGCUCAGACGCUGGAGAAUCUACAACCGUCUGCUGCCGCGGUGGCUGAGAUGUACUCCAAGGUUUGCAAGACAGGGAAGAAGAAGCGAGCCGUGCCGGGGUCUCCUCCAGCCAAUCCCGGCUUCCGGACCUUGGGUCGCGGUGAUCGGGAUGGGGGGUUUAGUGUGGUGGUCAAACCCCAGACCUGGGCCCCCCUGGAGGGCAAAGCCAUCGGAGGGCCCCUGGACGACCACUGCUACGAGUCCAUCGGGACCGAGGAGUACGACCCAUCCUAUGAGAACAUAGAAGCUGGAGGUGCGUGGAAGCGGGAGCGACCCCCCAACACGUGCGCCACCCUGCGGCCGAGGAGGAAGAAAGCCCAGCAGCCCUUGCAGCAGCAGCAGCCCCCCCCACCGCCGCCCACGCAGCAGACCCCCAAGUUACAGCACCUGCCUGCCAAGGCCCUGCUGCUGCCGGGGGAGAACCUGUACGAGAGCAUCGGCGACCUGAAGCAAGGCUCCGCCAACUCCAGCACCACCACCAUUUUCACCUUCAACGACGGCAUGGAGAUGUAUGUAACGGGGCUCUGA